GGUAUUAUAGAAUUUUUUUGCAAUGUUAUACGGAUGUGUAGAUAUCACAGUGUGUUGUGCAUGUGGGUGUGUGUGGGCUUUGAGUGUUGUGUGCGUGUUUUGUGUGUGUACAGAGAGAGGGAGAGAGAGAUGGACCGAGAGAGACGAAGAUAGAGAAAGAAAAAAAGAGGUAGGAGAGAGAAUCUCUCGGGGGAGUGUGCAUGAUAGUGUUUUUCAGAAGGUGCAUUCGUGAUAGAGUUAUGGGGCGGAAUUUUUAACUUUGGGUGGCAAAAAGAAUUUUUGGGGAAGAAUCUUUGUAUCACUUGAUGAAAAUCAAAUUAAUCUAGACCGUUGUUGUGUUUUGAUAAAUUGUGCAUAUUCAAAAUGAGUUCUGUUGUAUUAAUAUAGAUAUAGAUUUAUAUAAGUUUACAUUUGUUUUUUGAAUGUUUGGAUCUUGCUUUACUUUUGAUUUGGAUUUCGUGGUGGUCUAUUUUUAUUAUAAGGUCACAAAACUGUUAGAUACAUUGUUGUCAUUUAUCUACAGAAGGUAGUAAGUUAGUAAAGUUUGUUUUUUACUGGUUUAAGUUUUUGCUGCAAAACCAGUAUAAGGGUUAGUGUUGUAAUUAUACCAUGCAUGAAUUGCUUUGGUUGGCUUAAAAGGUGUUGUGGGAAAUUACUAGUAAUAUUUAUGUUAUGCUUCCUGUAGUCAUGGCUGGCAUGGCACCAGAAGGUUCUCAGUUUGAUGCUCGCCAAUAUGAUACCAAAAUGAAUGAGUUACUUGGACCUGAUGGACAGGAAUUCUUCACAUCAUAUGAUGAAGUGUACGAGAGUUUUGAUGCUAUGGGAUUGCAAGAAAAUCUCCUAAGGGGCAUCUAUGCUUAUGGUUUUGAGAAGCCUUCUGCGAUUCAGCAAAGGGGAAUUGUUCCCUUCUGCAAGGGUCUCGAUGUAAUUCAACAGGCACAAUCUGGAACGGGAAAAACUGCAACUUUCUGCUCUGGUAUUCUGCAGCAGCUUGAUUAUAGCUUAGUUGAAUGUCAGGCUUUGGUUCUUGCUCCAACACGUGAACUGGCACAGCAAAUUGAAAAGGUUAUGCGGGCACUAGGUGACUAUCUUGGUGUCAAGGUUCAUGCUUGUGUAGGAGGGACCAGUGUACGUGAAGAUCAGCGCAUUCUCUCAAGUGGAGUUCAUGUUGUAGUUGGUACUCCUGGCCGUGUGUUUGACAUGUUGCGGAGGCAAUCACUUCGCCCUGAUUAUAUCAAAAUGUUUGUGUUGGAUGAGGCAGAUGAAAUGCUUUCAAGAGGUUUCAAGGAUCAGAUCUAUGAUAUUUUCCAGCUGUUGCCACCUAAAAUUCAGGUUGGGGUAUUCUCUGCCACAAUGCCACCUGAGGCCCUUGAAAUUACAAGGAAGUUCAUGAAUAAACCUGUGAGGAUUCUUGUGAAACGCGAUGAGCUCACCCUUGAGGGUAUCAAGCAAUUCUAUGUCAAUGUUGAAAAGGAGGACUGGAAGCUUGAGACGCUUUGUGACCUGUAUGAGACUUUGGCCAUUACACAAAGCGUCAUCUUUGUUAACACCCGGCGCAAGGUUGACUGGCUUACUGACAAGAUGCGCAGCCGUGAUCACACGGUCUCAGCCACCCAUGGAGACAUGGACCAGAAUACGAGAGACAUCAUUAUGCGGGAAUUCCGGUCUGGUUCCUCACGUGUGCUUAUCACCACUGAUUUACUGGCCCGUGGUAUUGAUGUCCAACAAGUCUCUCUUGUGAUUAACUAUGAUCUUCCAACUCAGCCAGAGAACUACCUCCAUCGAAUUGGGCGUAGUGGACGAUUUGGGAGGAAGGGUGUUGCCAUCAACUUUGUGACCAAGGAGGAUGAGAGGAUGCUGUUUGACAUCCAGAAAUUCUAUAAUGUUGUGGUUGAAGAACUGCCAGCAAAUGUUGCUGAUCUUCUUUGAUGCAGUUUUUUUGAUUUGCCCGGGCCAAAAUUGUCUUAUUUGGAAGCUAUUUUAUUUUUUUAUUUCUAGGGGUCUUGUGCUUUAUUUUAGUUCAACGAAUAUUGAACAUACAGUUGGGAGAUGUGGGCCCUCUGAUGUGCAAUGGUCGCCUGUCCCGAUCUGGAUGUAAUUGGGAUACAUUAUCACAAAUUUUGAUGGUCGCUUGUGCAGUGUAUGCAGCAAAAGUAACUUGCAAAAUCGGAUGAUAUUUGAAUUGGUCUCAAGAAGUUUUAUACUUGGCUUUUUACUGUGUUGGAUUAUUGUUGUUUUGUGUUCUUAUGUCAUGAUUCACGGGCCGUACUAGAGCCAUUG